AAGGCAGGAGAAGGGAUCAUUGGAGUGAAGGCCUUGUAAGUGAGGGAGGGCAGGGCUUAGGGAGGGGAGGUAGGAGAGGCAGGCAGAGUGCUUGAGUCCUGGAGUCCUGGCUCUGAGUGCGAUUGGAGGAAGGGCUCAUUAUGAGGACCUCAGGGGCUGGAUCGGGAGGUGCUCUUGGGACUAGGAAGAGCCUUCCUGAGUGGGCUGAUGGGAAGCCGGAAGUGUUUCAGCUGAGAUACCUCUGCUUUCCAGUAGCCCCCUCUGUGCUUGCAGAUCCCAGCAUUGAGAGAGAAUGGCUCCUGAGAGCAGCAGACCCCCAGCCCAGGAGUCAGUGACAUUCAAGGAUGUGGCUGUGGACUUCACCCAGGAGGAGUGGGGGCUCUUGGACCCCCCUCAGAAGGAGCUGUACAAGGAGGUCAUGCUGGAGAAUGCCUGGAACCUGCUCUCCCUGGGGCUUCCCGUUCCCAGAGAAGAUGUGAUCUCUUAUUGUGAGCAAAGGGAAGCACCGUGGAUGCUGGAGCAAGAAGGCCUGAGGCGCUGCUGUCCAGGAGCGAUCAGGCUUGAAAUGAAAUCAUCUCCUGCAGAGACAGGCCUUUCUUUGGAACAAACUCACCAGCAAAGAUGUAUAAAUAAUGAUCCCUCUGACUUUGAUAGGAGAGAAAUCUUUGCUGUGACACAUCAGAGAAUUGACACUGGGGAGAAACCUUUUGAAUGUAAUCAAUGUGGAAAGACUUUCACAUGGAAGUCUCAUUUUGUUAUUCAUCAGAGAAUCCACACUGGAGAGAAACCUUUUAAAUGUAACCAAUGUGGAAAGACUUUCACAAGGAGGUCACAUCUUUUUAAACAUCAGAGAAUCCACCAUGGAGAAAAACCUUUUGAAUGUAAUCAGUGUGGAAAGACUUUCACAUGGAGAUCCUAUCUUGUUCAGCAUCAGAGAAUACACCAUGGAGAGAAACCUUUUGAGUGUAAUCAGUGUGGAAAGACUUUCACAUGGAGAUCCCAUCUUGUUAUCCAUCAGAGAAUCCACACUGGAGAGAAACCUUUUGAAUGUAAUCAAUGUGGAAAGACUUUCACAUCCAGGUCAACUCUUUUUCACCAUCAGAGAAUCCAGCAUGGAGAGAAACCUUUUGAAUGUAAUCAGUGUGGAAAGGCUUUCACAUGGAGGUCAGAUCUUGUUAAACAUGAGAGAAUUAGCACUGUAGAUAAACAUUUUGAAUGUAAUCAAUGUAGAAAGACUUUCACAUCCAGGUCUCAUCUUGGUAACCUUCAGAGAAUCCACACUGGAGAAAAACCUUUUCAAUGUAAUCAUUGUGGAAAGACUUUCACAUGGAGUUCAGAUCUUGUUAAACAUCAGAGAAUCCACACUGGAGAGAAACCUUUUGAAUGUACUCAAUGUGCAAAGACUUUCACAAGGAGGUCAACUCUUGUUAGACAUCAGAGAUUCCACACUGGAGAGAAAGCAUUUGAAUGCAAUCAAUGUGGAAAGACUUACACACAGAGGUCACAUCUUGUUAGACAUCAGAGAAUCCACAUUGGAGAGAAAUGUUAUAAAUGUAGUCACUGUGGCAAAGCCUUCAUUGGAAAGUCAGCGCGCUGUUUCUCAUCAGAGAAUUCAUAGGAAAUAGGAAUCUUAUAACUGACAUGAAUGAGGAAAGGCCUUGAAAUGGAGUACAGAGCUUCUUUGACUCCACAAAAUUCACUCUGGUUAUAAGACAUCAUUGGACUCAGUGUGAGAAGCCUUUCAGCCAGAGAUCAUCUCUUAUGUACUCAUUAGAGUAUUUAUACUAGAAAAGAAGCCUUAUGCCAUGUGCUCAUCUGGGAUAUGCUUUUUUUCUGGAACAUUGAGGUUGCUGGUAAAGGUCAAGUUUUUUGCCUGAUUGUAAAGGAAAGUUGAAAUAAAAGAAAAUAAAGCAUGCCAACCCUCCAGUUUACAAAACAAAUAAACAAAAAGAGGCAAUAGGGUCAUGAACUGUAGGAUUGUGUGAAAGAAGACAUCUGGAUGUUCUCAGAAAUAGGAUGUCUUCAGAGUGAGGAAAAGGAUUGAGACAGUAUUAUGUCAACUGGGGAAACAAUGUUUGGUGAAGGGAGGGACAGUAUGAUUUGACUAAGGGUAUAAAACGUAAAGAAUUAAUUGUUAUUUGAGGUUUUAUGACCCCAUCUUUUGGCUAGAAUUAAAAACAAACCAUGGCACACCCUGGCCUGGGGCUUUGCAAACCGCAGGGUGCUCCACUCACUGGUUGUAGCCGUCACCAUGGCACUGGCACCUCUGUCAUCACCACUCUGGGAUGCCUACUGGGCCUGGCCAAAAUUAUAAAUGAUUGGAAGCUUGUGAGGGCAGUCGUGUGACUGUCAGAGCGGUCAGCCAAUUGGCUGGGGGCUGUAUGUGGUCAGCCUGGGUUCUGCUGGGUAGAAGGGCAGUUUUCCGCCAUUCUCGCUUGAAACUGGAAGGUGACAGGAUGCUGCUGUGUGUUUUCAGCUGAUUCCUGGGCGGUGGUGUUGUCGAGGUUGUAUAAUUUCCCUUUUCCCCAUUUUAUUUCCUUUCCCUUGAUCCUACUGAUCUUGUUUGU